AACCAGGUCUUCGUGGAGACCACAUCUUCAUUCUGCCUGAGACAUCUCAGCCCCUGCCAGUAGCCACCAUGUCAUUGGUCCUGCUUUCUAUACUCUGGCUCAUUGUUCAAACUCAAGCAAUAGCCAUAAAGCAAACACCUGAAUUAAAUCUCUUUGAAGUGGUUCGUCCUAAAAAACUUCAUAUUUUACACAAAAGAGAGAUCAACAACAACCAGACAGAGAAUCAUGGCAAAGAGGAAAGAUAUGAAUCUGAAGUUCAAUAUCAGAUUACAUUAAACGGAGAAGAAGUCAUUCUUCACCUAGAAAAAAACAAGAACCUCCUGGGACCAGACUACACUGAAACACACUACUCGUCCAGAGGAGAGAAGAUCACCACAAACCCUCAGAAUGUGGAACACUGCUAUUAUGAAGGGCACAUACAAAAUGAAAAGGACUCUGUUGCCAGCAUGAGUACUUGUGAUGGGCUGAGGGGAUACUUCACACAUCAUGAUCAGAGCUACCUGAUAAAGCCUUUGCAAAGCACAAACCAGGCAGAGCAUGCUGUCCUCACAUAUAACCAGGAGGAGCUAGACCUAGCUAAUCACACCUGUGGAAAGAGAAAUGUUGGCAGGAAACAAAGCCCUGUCCGAACCUUUAGGUCGCUCAAUAAUCUAACACAAGAAGAUUUUCUUCAGGCUGCAAAAUACAUUGAUCUCUUUUUGGUGCUGGAUAAUGCCUUUUAUAACAUGUAUAAGGGAAAUGUGACUUUGAUAAGAAGCUUUGUGUUUGAUGUGAUAAACCUACUCAAUGUGAUUUACAAUACAAUAGAUGUUCAAGUGGCCUUGGUAGGUAUGGAAAUCUGGUCUGAUAGUGAUAAGAUCAAGGUGGAACCCAACGUAGGCACCACCUUUAACAACUUCCUGAGGUGGCAUCAUUCUAACCUGCGGAAAAUGAAGAUCCAUGACCAUGCUCAGCUACUCAGUGGAAUUGGCUUCAACAAUCGAAAAGUGGGAAUGGCAGCCUCAAAUUCCUUGUGUUCACCAUCUUCAGUUUCUGUUAUUGAGGCUAAAAAAAAGAAUAAUGUGGCUCUUGUGGCAGUGAUAUCCCAUGAGUUGGGCCAUGUCCUUGGCAUGCCUGAUAUUCCAUAUCACAUCAAGUGUCCCUCUGGGAGUUGUGCAAUGAAUCAAUAUCUGAGUUCAAAAUUCCCAAAGGAUUUCAGUACAUCCUGCCGCUCACAUUUUGAAAAAUAUCUUUUAUCUCAAAAACCAAAGUGCAUCCUACAAGCACCAGCUCCUAAAAACAUAAUAACAACACCAGUGUGUGGGAACCAACUUCUGGAAGUAGGAGAAGAUUGUGAUUGUGGCUCUCCUAAGGAUUGUACCAAUCUUUGCUGUGAAGCCAUGACCUGCAAACUGAAACCUGGAACUGAUUGUGAGGAAGAAAGUAGGAACCAUAUCACAAAGUGAAUCAAAACAUCUGUUCAUUGAGAUGCUACCUUUUCAGGAUAAGAAUUAGGAAAUCUAAACUUGCCAGAAGUCUUGUGUAUUUUCAACUUUGUACUUAUAUAUAUUAUAAUUUUCACUUAUCAUUCUGCUUCCUAUAUUUUACCAGUCCAAUCAUCAGGUAAACCAAUGCCCUCAGAGAAGUUGCCUGUUCUUUUUUGGCCUGGCAUUCAAUAUACUUAUAAAGAACAUGAAGCCAUUACUUAACUCUGAUAUGUAGAGAACAAAAGGAAUUAGCCUUUGCCCAAAAGGCUUCAAAAUGUACUGCCAAAUUAUUCAGAGUCGACCCAGAAUUGUAAAAUUACAAGCGAUUUGUAUUUCAACCCCACUUUCAUUUUACUAGUACAGCCUAUGAAAAAAUAAAAUCACUUGAUAAAUGAGGUCUUUUUGGAAGAAAGGAGAGCAGAGUUCAUAUGUGUUGUGUUACUCCUCACUGCACUUGCCUUAUGCUUAUAAGCAUAGUAAUUUUAGUGAUUUUCUAUAUUGCAUCAGGAUUCAUUAAAUUUGAACACUUCAUUUUAUCAUGUAUAACCUUUUAUGCAUGUUUUUCACCAUCACAUGUAAAAUUUACUUUUGAAAAG